UGCACUGUCAGAAGGGAUGUUGGAGCAGCGCACUCUCAGAUGCACAUACACGUACACAGAGAGCCAGUACACAUUUGUGCGCUCUCUCUCUCUCUCCCCCCCCCCACCUUUUCUCCUCCCCCUCCCCCCAGCUCCGGUGGAGGAUCAGGUGUAGGGAUAACCAAACAACACGAGCUGGCUGCUUCGCUUAAAUGAACCCACUGCCUUCAUUCUGAAAGCCAGUUCGACAAUGCCUGGAGAUGCAGCAAAAGAUGCAGCGAGGCUACACGAGGAGUUCCAGCCGAAGCAAAGGAGCCCAGACAUUUCCCCUGAUGUUUCCUGUGGCUCUUCUCACAGCAUGCUCACCCCUAAAGAUCCAACCUCACCCCAGGCCUCUCCAACAGCUGACUCCUCGUACCUGAUGCAGCUUUCGGGUGGCUCAACGUGGUACACGGGGAUGGGACCGAACGAGCUGCCAUCUGCUGGCCCAGUGUUGGAUUGCAGCAGUGAUGUAUCUGACAGCCUUGGAGAGAAAGGCCCAACUGACGAGGAUACCCGACCUCAGCCUGAAGGAGCAAGUUGUGACAUGGACGCGGAUAGCUCGUAUCCCGAGUCGUCGUCAUCGGCAGCAUCUUGCAUCCAAGAAGGCCUUUCAGAAAGUGAAACACAAGGCACCCAGCAAAGUGUGGACCUGGAUAGUGAAAGGGCAGCCGUGUUUGUAGCCAACGCUGUUGAUGGGGCACAGCUCCUCAGUGCAGACAUUAGCUCAGGGAUACCCAAAGAGGAAGCGGGUGAAAGAAACCAGCCUGGACUGGCUGGCCUGCCUGCCACUGCUGACCCAGUUGUAGAAUCGAGACAAGAUAGUUCUGAGGCCAGCAUGGGCACGUCCUUGGAAGAGUCAGAGGUGAGCAGCACUUCGGAGACGGACACCCUGUCCAGGGAGGAGCCAGAUGGGGACAUGCAACUGCUAACUACCAAAGUAAGCAGAGAGGCAGAAGCAACUGGUUUGAAAAGGGAGGGAGAUCAGGAUCUGUCUGACUCGGAAACAGAUACGUCACUUCAGUUGCCCCUUGUUGAGACAGUUACCCCCAUUGUCAAAACGGAUCUUGGUUCACUUGAAGUACACGAUGAGAAACCAGUCGUUGUGGAAACCAUUUCCUCUGCUGCCCAUCCUUCCAACAUCAUAAACAGUGGUGUUGAGGCUUCACUAACAUUAGGUCAUCAGGCCAUUUCAGACACAGAGCCUGAGCUGCCUGUAGCUGUUGAUCAUCUCCACCUACUCACUGAAUCAAGGGCUGAAAAUGCUGAACCUUCUCAAACUCAGGAUCAAGUAACAGUCAUCGGAUACACUGCUAUUCCCCUGUGUUAUUCAGAACCCACCAAAGAAUCGUUUGUGUAUCCCAGUGCUGUGGACUACAUGUGCAGUACUGAUUCAGACCUCUUUUUCUCAGCGCCAUCAAGUCCAAUAAAGACAGCAUGCAGUGCCCCAAAUUAUUUUUCUUACUCAAAGUUCAGCUUGCACGAGGAGCCUAUUGAAAUCCUGGAGAGUGAGGGCAGCGAGGGCAUCUGCUCUCCACCAACCUCUCCCUCAGGAUCUUAUAGAACUGCGGAAGGAGGUAGCUGGACAUCGUCUGGCACCCCAAACACUUCGCCAUCAUGCUCUCCAAACUUACUGGCAGAGGUUGAGACAAUGGAAGUGUCUGCGUGCUAUGUGGAAUCAUUAUCUGCGUUUGCAGAGGAACUCCACGAAGACCAGUCUGACCAAGUGUUGCCUCUUGGCGAUUCUCCUUUUGGUGUAUCUGAAGAAGAAACUUGGACUGCUGUGGAAGAGCCGACUGAAAGGUGCCUUACCGAAACACAAGAUAACCUUGCUCCUUUAGCGUUUGAUAGUGAAAAUCUUGACACCAGUGAAGAAGACGAUGAAGAUGAACAGGAGAGUGAACAUCUUCAAGAUCAAGAUAUUUCAAGUGCUGGGCCAAGGUUAGUUGAGGGAAACGAUAUGAAUCGACAAUCUUGCACAAUAGACCGCAACGUUAACCAAGAAUUGCGGCACGCACAACCAAUAUUGCAAAAUGCUACAAUCGCUUUGCAUGGAGGACCUGACGAAGCCUCUGCCAUCAGUCCAAUAUCUGUUCCUCAAGAGGAUGACCACUCGGAGUCCGAAUAUAGUAGGGAGUGUGGGUGCUCCACCCGUGGUGGAUCAACUUACGAAAAUACUGAAGCAGCUCUGGAAGAAAUAGCUGUAGUACCCCCUAAUGCAAACGACCCAACAGGGCUGUGUAUGCCAAAUGUAAGCACAGAAAUUGGUGAAAGUACAGGGAAAUAUAAGACUGAACCUGUUCAAGAUCCAGUUGAGGACGAAAGCACAAUAUCAGUGGGAUCGCAUGAUAAUGCUAGUUGUGAUGAAACAACACACAGGAGCCUGACUUCGGAUUUUGACACUCUAAUGCAGGAUGAUGCAAAUACCGGUCAUGGAUCAAGUCACAGUGGGCAUAGCAUAAUUUGCACAAUAGGUAACUACUUGCUUUCAACUGAGGACCAAUGUGGUUAUAGUAAACCAUGUGGCGAUGUCACUAAUGGUGCUCCUCUUGCUGCUUCUGAGGAGCUUGUUGAAGAUUAUGCUAACGCCUUCAGUGAAAAAGAGGGCAUGGAAUUGAAGAUAGAACCUGAUUUGAAACUUGAAACUUCAGUUUCAUCUCAACCCAGUCUACAGUUGGAGUCGUGCAGGAAGAUGUCUGAUACACUUUGUAAUUCUGAGUACGAUGGUUCUUAUGUAGAUGAAGGUAAGCUUGAAAGAUCUGUGCCUUUAGCUACUGAGGUUUGCAUUCCAAGUGAUGAACCAUCCAGUGGAAAUUACAGCUCCACACAAGUUAGCUGUUCACCUGAAGACUCCAACAUCGCAAGCUGUUGUGAAGUGGGGACCUCUGUGUUACCGCAGUCUCCUUACGAAGUUGUUGAUGUGGGAAUUGGUAAUGAGAGAAUGGUACCUGCAACCCUGCUGUCCUUUAGAGGCAGCAUUAUUUUUGAGGCAGAGUCUAUUGAAGUUACUUCAUUGUCUGAGGUGCCCCCAACAGAAACAGAACUGGAAAGCAUUUCAGAGGAUGUUGGUGAUGUUGAUACAAAUGAUGAUCAUAUUGACAGUAACUGUAAUGUUGGAGAUGAAGAGGAAGACAGUUCCGUGUCGUUUCUUUACUCUCUAUCAGAGACUUCUAUCACUACAGGAAUUGAUGAAACCUUUGCAUUUCAAGAUACGACUUCAGAAUCUUCUGCUUCUGCAUCUCUUGAGGGAGAAGAUGAAAGAAUUGCUCCAGAACACUAUGCCCUCUUCUCGGGAGUUACUGAAUUACAGAUUGAAGGGUCAAAGGGUGAAUCGGUUGAUUCAGGAAGUGACAGUGAGGCGGAAAUGUCAUCUUCAACCUCCUCUUCAGAUUCUAGAGCAUAUGAAGCCUACUGUGCUGCUAGUAUGACAUGUAAAAUGACAUCUUUGCAAAUAGAGGAAUCUGAUUCAGUUGCUGAUGAUGAGGAGCCACCUCCUGCUGAAAUGGAAACACAGGAGACUUGUAGGAAAGAACCGGAGGACACAGACCUUGAUAGUAAAGGUGAAGCACAAUUGAUGACAGAAAUCUCUCAGCAGCAAGCUUCUGUGUAUGUCACAGUCUCACAGAAGGAUUCCUUACAAACAGACACAUUGUCUGAAGAUAAAUGCAUUUCACAGACCUCUCCCGGUGCACCAGAUGUAUCCCUGCAAAAAUCAUUGUUUGGGUCUGCAAAAGACUGUUUUUCAGAGAUGAUGCUAGAGGCUGAAGAAAAUGAGAUGUGUUCAACUGAUUCGGACAGUGAUGAUCUGUCAUCUGGAUUGUCAGCUUUUGAACAGAUGACCCAUGACUCGGACCCAUGCGAAAGGCAGUCCCCAGAGGUGGAAUUUCUCCCCAUCUUUGGUCAGGUCCAAUCAGAGAGCUGUGCUGAAGCAACAAUAACAUUGCAAAUUACCAAAGAGCUCAAACGGACUGAAGCAAAUUCAAGACCCACUUCCCAGUUGAAAAAUACCACUCCUACCCAGGACAUUACUAGAGAUGAGCUUGACUUUGAACUGGCUUCUAAUUUACCGGAAGGCAUGAAUAAGUUUGAUUACUGCUAUCAAGUUGCCAGUGUAUGGUCUGAAGAUGGUGUGAGCAAAAGGCCCAAUUCUGAAAUGCCAUUAAACUUGCCUGUUGAUCUGCCUGGUGAUUCUGACUUGCCAAAUAUCAGUUCGAGUGAAUCAAAUUCUGAAAGCAACAAUUCUGUCGACCCUGCACAACAGUCAUGUGAUACUAAUCAAUACGUCCUUGGGAAAGCUAUAGAUUCUGUUAAUGCUGAUGACAACAUCAAUGAAGAUUUGAUGUCAGCUUUCACAAAGACUGACAAUCAGUACCCGUGUGAUGACCUAGCUCUCGAAGACGCUCAAAAAUCUUUCCUUGCCAAUUCUUUCCAAUCAGAUCCAGAAAAUGCAAACACUGUUGGGUUAUCCUCUCUCAGCAGAUCACAAAUUAUAAAUAAUCAUGGAGAAGAUCUCAGGCCACUGUCUCCUUCCAAACUGUCCUCCUCUGAGGACAAUGUUGUCCAAGAGCGUUAUGAUUCUUUGUGUGCACAAAAUGCUGAAGUCUUUACAGAAAUAUCACCUGAAAGUCAACCAGCUAUUGGAUGUAAAAACAUCAUUGCUUUGGGAUUCACAGGCAUGCCUUUGCCUGACUGUGCAACCAAUGUUGAAAGCUUUGGUGAAAAUACUGAGUUGGCCACACAAGAAUCUCUCUCCUUGUCUGGUGUAGACCUGUCUGUAACAAAUGCAGGGCUGAAUAACCUUUCCCGUUCAACAAGUCCUGAACAGAUAGCUGGAGCAUCAAAAAACAACCCUGAAGGAAAUAACCUGGAGCAACAUAAUGAGCCUCACAAUGUGGAACAAGAGGUGAUGAACAUCAUUCCAGUGGACACUUUAAUGAAGGAAGCCUUGGGCGAUUUUGCCAGUGAGCCAAUACCUGCAUCCUUGAGUUCCUCAUCAGAAACAGAAGAUUAUGACAUGAGCAGUGAAUCUGACUUGUCUGAGCAUGUGUCCUCAGUUAAAGGUCCUGAAUUGACAGAAGCCUUGGAAAGUUCCUAUUCUGUCAGUGAAAACGUUCCUUCUUUUCAGGCAAGUGCUCAACAGGACAUGACUGUAACAGAAGAUACAAAAAGUGACACAGGCUUAACUCGGGAAUUGGGCAGUGGCACUGUGACCAGGUACUCUGAGCUGUUGCUGGAGAGACCAAAUCAAGAAUUUGGAGGUCAACUGGCUGAAGGUGGGACAAGAGGUGACAGUGUGGUUUACCCCAGUGCCAGCCAAGAACACGUUGAGGUAGAAGCUAAAGUUGGCAGUGAUCAAUCCAACUUGUCUGAUCCUGAGUUAAGUUCAAAUCUUUUAUUAAGAAAUACCUCCUCAUCACAGGAAUUUAUUGAUUUGAUAGCACUUCCAGAUGCUGAGACUGGAAAUUCUGCUGGCCAAUUAAAAGCUUCUAUCUCAGAAGCUGACACUCCUUCAUUAACACACUCGGAAAGUCUAUCUGAAGGGGAUGAUAUUUCAAAUGAACUUCCUGGUUCACUACCUGAAGGUACUGAUUGGGAAAUGGAAUCUCCUGAUAUGCUACAAUACAGUGAUACUAGUAAGUUAAAAGGCUUAGAUACAAUACAGAAAGUGAAUAAUGAUCAAGCACAGCCUUUAGAUGGCUUACCAGAUAAUGACGACACCAAUCAAUUGGGUCUUUUAAAACCAGAGAAUGUUGUUGGUAAGUUCUUAAACCAGAUGCCAAAAGAUGAUGAUCAAUUCGAGCUCUCUCACAGUAACUCAGAAGAUUGCUCUGUUAAUUCAAGAGCUGUAGAGACAGUGGUCAGAGAUGACAGGAAACUGGAGCUAUCAAAUGCAUUCCUCGAAGAUAAUGCUUUCAAAUUAGACAUCUUAGAUAUGGUAGUUGAAGGUUUUGGCCAGUUGGAACUUGCCGAUAUACAGCCAGAGAAUGAUGCUGGUAAAUUAGCAAUUGCAGAUGAAGUGGCAGGAAAUGAUAGUCAAGCAGAAGUUCCUCCCACCAUACCUAAAGAUGAUAUCUGUAAAACCACCAUCACAGGCGAAAAUGAAGAAGUCAUAGAUGUUUUAUCAGAAGAUAAUUCCUUUCAACCAAAGACCGUGACAAGAAUGGGAGAAGCUGCUUUAGAAGGGGAUGCAGACAAACUAGCCACUGCAAGUAUCACCCCAGAGUGUGUGAAUCCUAUAGUGGUCACCAAGGGUAAGCGACAAGAGGAUUCCGAUGAUCAGUUGAAGAUCUCCAAUUGCGGACUAGGAGACAAUGCCGAUCUGUUAGGGAUUGCUUCUGAAUCAGAGACUAAUGAUUCAGUGAUAUGUGAAGACAAGAUGUUAGGCGAUUCACAGAUCGGUGAUGCCCCUGAAAGCUCAGACACAUUUGUAAAAAACUCACCUUGGUCGUCAGAAGUGGCAAGAGAUCAUAGUUCCCAGGUGGCAACAUUUGGGAAACAAUUGCAAUGUGAUUCUAGUGAAGCAACAGAUGUAGAUGAAACCGAGCUCUCGGAUAUGUUACCUGGAUCUGAGGCUUGUAAAUCAGAGGUUGUGGACACGUUACCAGGAGAUGGUGGGAAUUUGGAUGAUGUACCCAAUAAUUUGGAGAUCGCAGAUGUUGUGUCAGAAGAAAUUAAUGAAAACCUUAUAAAUGAUUAUGAAGGUGAAGAAGACAAGCUUACUGAUGGGUCACAAAACAAUUGUGUUGUGGAGAUAGUGGAUAUGUCUGUCGCACAUAUCACUGAUGAAGUAACGUUCUCCAGCAGCUCACCUGAAGGAAAUGCUUAUAAACUUGAUGCUGUCGACUUGAUGUUGAGGGAUAGUGCAGACAAGGUUACAGAUGAUUCACAAGUUGCCAAUAAUAUUUCUGAUUCAGUACUGGAAAACGAUAACAAUAUGAUAGUGAACUUGGAUAAGAGUCCGAAUAAUGAUGAUGAUGAUCAAAUAAAUUCCUCCACCCUUCCACCAGGUGGCGGCGUUAGUACAUUUGAAGUUGCAGGGGCAGCAUCAACAAAAAAUGCUGGAGAAAAUGAACUCUCCGAUAACCAACUGAGAGAUGAUGCUUGUCAAUUGAAGAUUGUAAACCCAGCAUCUGAAGUGGAAGAAAAUCUAGUCAUUAAUGCCGAUCUUCUGGAAUCUGUAGCAAGCGUUGACUUCUGUCAUACUGAACUCUCUGCAAUAUCACCACGUCUCAGCACUGGAUCAGCAGAGGAUUUAAGUUUAGAACAAACAGAUACCAAUUCGCAAACUGAGCUCUCGAGCCCAGUUUCAGCAGUGAGUGAUCAUCAACAGGAACUCUGUACAACUGCAUCAAAACCUUGUUAUGACUUGGAGAUCUCAGUUUCUGAAAGAGGAUCAAACUCUUCUGUCAUGGAAUUAUUAGAGAAUGUACAAGGAAUAACCGAUGAAAGUCUGGAGGCUUCUAGAAAUUCGACAAAUGAUGUUGCGGAGCUAUUUGAACAAGAUACUUCUGAUGAUCGCAUUGUGACCAUUGAUGCCACUCACCAAAAUGCAACUUGUGAAACACCAGAUGGGUCAAACUUUGAAAUGGGAAGCUCAGGCUAUGGGAGGAGCCAUGAUUUAGCUGAGGAAGCAACUUUAGAAGUUGAGGAGGUUUCUGAGGUAAUGUCAUUAUCUGGAGUUUCAGAAUUUGCACCAGAAGCUGGUGUUGAUAUUCCUGCUGGUGAGUCCAGUAUCUCAACAGCGGGGGUUUUCAGAUCAGAAGGUGCUGAGAUCUGUGGCCAUCCUGUUUCAUCAGAGCCAGUUCAGGUAGAUUCAUCCAACUCUUCUGUAUGUCAAGUGGCACAAGAUACCAUUCAGGAUUUAGAAGAUGGAAAGGUAGGCCAAGGUCCACCUAAUGAUGAGCUGGAUUUGCCUCAAUGUCAGGAGUCUGAAGGAUUGAAUUGGCCACUUACCCAUGAUGCUCCUGGUUUAGAAGCAAAUUCAUUUUCCAGUCCUGAUGUAGAGCAAACUGUACCUGAUGCUCCUGUGGACAUUCAGAACUGUGAACAGUUAUACUCUAACAAAGCAGACAAUAGUGCACCAUUGGACACCCCUCAAAAAGCUCUCUGCUUGGUGGGUGAUGAUGGAGAAGAAAAGGUUGACAUUUAUCACCAUGCUUCACUUGAUGUGAGUGGUAACAACACUCAGGAUAAAAAAUUGGGUAAUUCACAUCAUUCUGAGCAUCUCGCCACCAUUGGUCAUUCACAGGCAGAGACACCAACAUUUGAUACAUUACUUGAUGUAUCUUGCAGUCCUCCAGAUAAAUCUCCUGCAUGUCCUCAUGCUACAUUGAGUAACAUUCCUACUGCAUUUUCAAUGACAGAAUUUGGUUUUACUCCAAUGCCCAUCUGUUCUGUUUUAGACCUUCCCUCCUUAGAUAAAGCUCCUGCCACAACCUCUCCUGAGCUGGCUAACAACUGCUUUUCUGCUGUGUCAUCCUCCCCAUCAUGUAAACCAACUUUAGGACAUCAGGACCAAGACACUUUCUCAACGCAGGCUGUUAUGACUGCAAGUCCAUUAGCCAGUGAUAAAAAUCAUGAAGAGUUUAAGCUGCCUGAAGUGGAUAUGGGCGAGAAAGCAACAGCCUUGCAGAUGUCUGCACAGCUGGAGCAGUGCCACAGGAUUGACCAUCUCCACACCAUCCAGGCUGAAGCUAGGUCAUCUGAUGUUGACCACGAUCACCCGACACGUCAUACUUUCAGUCCGUCAGAUUCGAGCUCUUGCAGUGAGAGUGAGCUGCCAUUCCCAAUCCCAUUGAGAGAUGGCAAGAGCAGGAUCUCUGCCCAGAAAGACCCCCCUGUUAAAACAGAAUCCAGUGACGCCCAGAUCCCAAUGAGGCAAAGGAUACAUGAGACUGUCUCUGUCUCCAAAGGGUCUUGCAAUGAAUCAGACAGCGAUGAUUCCGUACCUGAACUUGAGGAGCCUGUGGCCUCUGUUCCAAUAGCUGGACAAGAACAGUCGCAGUUGGCCCAAGCAGUUGGGAUUGGCGAUGAGCCUGUCAGCAAAGCAAAACAGAGCCGUAGUGAAAAGAAGGCACGAAAGGCUAUGUCCAAGUUGGGAUUGCGUCAAGUACAUGGUGUGACUAGGAUAACAAUCAGAAAGUCUAAAAACAUCCUCUUUGUUAUAACGAAGCCAGAUGUUUUUAAGAGUCCAGUGUCCGACAUCUACAUAGUCUUUGGAGAAGCAAAGAUUGAGGAUCUGUCCCAGCAGGCUCACAAGGCAGCGGCUGAGAAGUUCAAAGUCCCCAUUGAGCAUGCCACGCUGGUCCCUGAGACAACUCCCACGCUCACAAUUAAGGAGGAAAGUGAGGAAGAGGAGUUGGAUGAAACGGGACUGGAAGCACGAGACAUAGAGUUAGUGAUGGCCCAAGCAAACGUCUCAAGGGGAAAAGCUGUACGUGCACUCAGACACAACAAGAACGAUAUUGUCAAUGCUAUAAUGGAAUUAACAAUGUAAACUGCAAAAAGAAGAUCUAUUUCUAUAUAUAAUCACUGGAUAUUAUCAACAUUAUAAACUAUAACCAAACUGUAAAUCAUACAAGUUUGCAUCUGUUAUAUCACUAAUAAACUCGGCUGU